UAAAAAAAGGAAAAAGACAGUAAUGAGUAUAACACUACCCAGAUGCAACUUAAUCUAGCACUCUAUACUUUAAAUUUUUAAAAUAUAUAUAGAAAUCAGACCACUACUUCUGCAGAACAACAUUUGACUGGUAAAAAGAACAGCCCACAUGAGGGAAAACUGACUUGGUGGAAACACAACAAACAUAAAACAUGGGAAAUAGGUAAGGUGAUAACAUGGGGGAGAGGUUUUGCUUGUGUUUCAGCAGGAGAAAAUCAGCUUCCUGUUUGGGUACCCGCUAGACAUGUGAAGUUCUACAAUGAACCCACCAGAGAUGCAAAGGAAGGCGCCUCCCCAGACACAGAGAACCCGCAAUCGAACAUCAUCAACUCGCAGGGUGAACAAAAUGGUGAUAUCAGAAGAACAGAUGAAGCUGCCAUCCACCAAGAAGGCGGAGCCUCCGACCUGGGCCCAGCUAAAGAAGCUGGCACAGUUAGCUGAAAAAAGCCUGGAAAACACCAGGGUAACACAAACUCCAGAGAAUAUGCUGCUUGCAGCUUUCGUGAUUGUAUCAACGGUGGUGUAUCCGGCAGCUCUGGAGAAACAGUGACCAGCGAGAAUGGGCCAUGAUGACGAUGGCGGUUUUGUCAAAAUGAAAAGGGGGAAAUGUAGGGAAAAGAAAGAGAGAUCAGACUGUCACUGUGUCUAUGUAGAAACGGAGGACAUAAGAGACUCCAUUUUGAAAAAGACCUGAACUUCAAACAAUGGCUUUGCUGAGAUGUUGUUAAUUUGUAGCUUUGCCCCAGCCACUUUGACCCAGCCACUUGGACCCAACCUGGAGCUCACAAAAACAUGUGUUGUAUAAAAUCAAGGUUUACGGGAUCUAGAGCUGUGCAGGAUGUGCCUUGUUAACAAAAUGU